AUGUACUCUACACUACCCCAUGAAUUACAACUAAACAUUCUUUCACAAUCAUCAGAUCUACAACAAGUCUCCCAUAUUGAUCAACAUCAUUAUAAUUUGACACAAUAUAUCAUACAAUCAAAAUUACAACAUUAUUUAACUAAAACUCCAUUAUUACUAUCAUUAUUCAGUCCAAAUAAUAAAGAAUCAAAUAUCAAGAAUUUUUAUAAUAUUUCAUAUGAUGUACAUUCAAAUUAUACAAGUUUUCAAAUAAAUAAUUUAAAUCAUAAAGAAAAUUUAUUCCAUAAGGAUAUCAAUACAAAACCAUCAGUUUCAUUAAACCAAAAAAAUCAUUUAGAUCUUGUCCUAAACGAGGAUCAAACAACAACAAAGCUUUCAUUAAACCUAAUCAUUGGUUCUCAAUCAUUUGAUACUGGAUUUAAAUUAAAUAAAUUUAAACCACAUGCAUCACAAGUUAAAGAUGGGUUGAAGUUGAGUUAUAGUUUACAAGAAGGUGAAUUAGAACCUGCUAAAGGUGGAUAUGAUUAUGAAUUGAAUUAUAAUUAUUCUUUGAAUUUUCAAGAGAUUAAAAUUGAUAAUUUUGAAUUGUUGAGAGUUUUAGAGAAUGAUGGUGGAAUGAUUUUGAGAUAUUAA